AUGAGCGAUGUUUCGCUCCAAGGUGCGGAAAACGUCUCUCCUGUGCGUGAGCAGUUUCAGCAGCCUACGUCUAGUGCAGCAGAUCCGCGAGAGCCCGCGGUCGGCAGCCGAGACUCAGCCGGCUACCCCCGAGAGCACAACGUUACCCCAGGUGUUCGGUCUAGUUCGGGUACGCAGCAUGAGCGUCAGCGGACUGCGGCUUUAGCGGCCUGUGUUCGAGCGCUCGGCUGUUUCGGUGGUGCGCGAAACUCUCAAUGGACGCAGGCCCAGGCGAAGCGGGAAACGACGACAGGCGCUACGGACCAAUCAGCGGAACCGUCGGUCCCGUGCGAGUCGAAAGUCGGGUCAGCAGUUGCGACUGAAAAUACUGAGGACGUGCUGGGUGCUGUUGACGGCGACCACGGCGCCCCGGCCGACGUGGACGCGGAGCGUUCUUCAGAGGUUUCUUCGGCGAGCGAGGAGCUUCCAUUUCGCUCCCUGUAUCGGCGGGCGCAGGUGAAAUGGGCCCGCCGGCGACUCGAGAAGCAGGUUCAGAAGCUGCUUGCAUUUACCUCCACACAGCUUAGUAACCUGCAGCAUGUUCGUUCCGGACAAAAGUUGGAUGCCGAGUUUGCGAUCCUCGCACGAAUAUAUACCAAUGCACAUAUCGACGAGGAUUUCGCAAGGUUUAGUCGUCAGGAGUUUCGAACCUUCGCGGAGCACUUGCCGCUGUUUCUGAAUUACUUGUUGCAUUCGCGGCCGCUCGAUGCGCCGGCGACGAGCGCAGCGCAACGCAACGCCUGGCGAGAAGUUGCCUCUUCGACGAGAGAGCGCAUCCGCCGCCAUCAGAAUACUCGCAAGCUAAUCGAGACGCAUUUGUUGCGGCGCUGUAGCGAGUCUGUGCGUUUCGCCCUAUUUGUUUAUUGGUAUUUGGAUGGUUGUCUGCAGCUUGGACCUGAAUCGGACCGGAAGGAUACCCUCCGAAUUAUUAUUGAGAUUGAGAACAUCAUGUCGAGGAGCAUCACAUGCGCGACGCCCUCUUCACAGGUCGCUGGGGCACGCCCCCCGGUCAAGUCGUUCAUGGCGUCGGAUACGCCGGACGCGGCGACAGCGGACUCGGCCCCGGCGACAUGGAGCCCCGGUGCUGCGCUUGCGGCUCCCGCCGGUGAAGUGCUCAGCCCAGCAGACGCUGCCGACGUUGGGUCUGUUGAGAGGAUCGUGCACCAGCGCGCGAUCGUCCAUGAGAUCGGUAACGAGUCUCGAGGCGAGGGCGUCUUCAGAGAUCGCAUGCUGCAGGAUGAGACAUGUUUGGCAGGCAUCCUACCUGCAGAGCAUACGAUCGCAGUGGAUCUCGACGCGGAUGCAGCUGACUGUGCAGUGCGCUCUGCGGACUGCAGUUUUCCAGAGGCGCCUGGCGUUCAGUCAACGACAGAACAAGAGCCGCGCAUGCUCGCCCAGUCAAGCUUGAUGUCGAAUACGCGCGUUUUUCCACGAGAAUCCAUAGAAACUGGCCCUGAACGGGAGAUAAGUUUCGCAUAUGUUUCCCGUGGUAAUCUUUUUCAUGCACAGCUAGAUUUUAUGCGCGCGCUCAUAUCCAUCUCCGAAUUGGCGCUAGGCCUGAAUCGAUCGCAAAGAUCACGAUUCGUCGUGAGGGAACUAGGCCGCCUGAACGCGCUUGUGGAAGCAGAGCGGCGAUAUGUUUUUCUGCCAACGGAGCGCAUUCCACACCGGGUGCUUCGCAUCCUCGCAGACGAGUCACAUGUGUUCUCGACAAAGGAACAUGCGCCGUACCUGGCCAUUGUCGAAGUGCAGGAUCUGGAGUCAACCAAGCUCGCAGAGCGCGAGCCCCGCAAGACAUUGGCACGCACCAUUGGCGAUUGGCUGCAUCGGGCAGGAGAGUAUCGCCCGCGAGCGCCCCGCUCCGAACAACGACAUACAAUGACCUGGUUCGCUUCACCACGCGGCACCGAAGCCGUCAAAUCCCCUGAAAGCGGUCUCGCAGCAGCAACAUCACCAGCGACGACUCCCGAUCCACCGACAAGCCCAGCGUCGCGAAGCGCACCCGCUGUCGAUACGCCUUCACCUGCAGGAGAGGAGCUUUCACAGAGCCGUGGCGGGAAAAACGCCUCCGUGUCCGAGAAACGCAGUGCACGCACGCGAUUGCACGCACAGGAGCGUCACGCACGGAAUCGCGCCCUGCAUGGCGUCGCGAAUGCGGCGGCGCAUUCACUGACGUUUCCUGGCCCUAAUCAGGCGGAGGCACCGUUCCCAUUCUCAACGCGAACAGGCACGGAUGCCGCUGAGCUACCACCGAUGACCCAUCGGUCGCAACAGCAACAGCAACAGCAACAGCAACAGCAACAGCGUCUACGAGCGGACGGCGUCGGUUCCAGUCAUCCAAAUCUUGAGACUGCAGCUGCUUCGGCGACGGGUGACGGGAUGACUGCAUCGAUGCCUGCAUGUAGCGAAGCACAGGAUGCGCGGGAUCUUGGAGCGGAACUGGAAUCUGGUGAAAUCAAAAACGCUUUGGCGGAAUCGCGUGAAGCAUGCUCGACACCGACCAGUGUUGGCAGCGAUCGUUGGCGACGUCUCUUUGGGGAGCGCUGGGCUGAAAGGGUUCAGCGUUUGCAGCAGACGUCACCAUUUGGCCGCAUGCCCGGUUGGCGACUGACCUCUGUAAUCGUGAAAAGCAAGGACCAACUGCGACAGGAAAUGUUUGCAACCAUGUUGAUUGCUGAGUUUGCGCGCAUCUUUGAGUCAGCUCGUCUUGACGUUUGGCUAUGUCCGUACCGCAUUGUUGCAACUGGGGCCGAUUGCGGAUUCGUGCAAGUAAUCCCCGAUGCGCCCUCCAUUGAUCAGAUCAAGAAAGCUUUCCACGGUAACAUGACGCUUUCUGGCUAUUUUGAGGAACGGUUCGGAGCGCGCGGCAGCGCUACACAUCGCUUGGCGGUUCGCAACUUUGUGAAAAGCAUGGCCGCAUACUCCGUUAUCACAUAUCUCCUGAACAUCAAAGAUCGACACAACGGAAACCUGCUCAUUGAUGCUGAAGGCCAUAUCAUCCACAUUGACUUUGGAUUCUUCUUCACCAAUUCACCUGGUGGCAAUAUCGAGUUCGAGAAGGCUCCCUUCAAACUCACCUGGGAACUUGCCGAUGUGAUGGGCGGCCCCGACUCGAACGCGUUCCGCCUAUUCCGACGACUCUGCGGGCAUGCUUACGCCGAGGCCUGUGCGCAUCGAAACAAGAUCAUGCUCAUGGUAGAGUUCAUGAUGAUGGGAAAUGAGUCGCUGCCGUGCUUCCGCGGCGGGGCCGACCUCACCCUCGAGCAACUGCGAGAGCGGUUCAUGCCGCGCCAGACCCGUGUCAAACGCAUUGCGCACAUGAACGCGCUUAUCGAUCGAAGCAGUAACCAUUGGACGACGAGAUUUUACGAUCGCUAUCAGCGGUGCUGUACUGGAAUUUAUUAG